GGCGACAAGAAGCGCUAGCGGGGCCCUCGAGCUGGGGACAGAGAGCCGCGGGGGGUGGGAGGAACUUCUUCCAGAACCUUCUUUUGGCCCGGGCUGCUCUCUGAGCCAGCAGGUACCACAUUCAUAUUCGGAGGAGGCGACCCAGUGGUCGCGGGAUGGAAGCGCGCGUUCGGGAGGCCCUGUAACCGGAGCCGCGGGAGUCAGCGGGCUAGAGAGCGCGGCGGGCUCUCCCCCCCCACCCCGGCUCAGCCCGUGGAUGUUGACCGCCCCCUCGGAGAGUCCCCGCAGACAUGGCGGAGAGCUGGCUACGCCUCUCGGGUGCAGGGGCGGUGGAGGAGGCCGGGCCGGAGGGCGGCCUGGAGGAGCCCGACGCCUUGGAUGACAGCUUGACCAGCCUGCAGUGGCUGCAGGAAUUCUCCAUUCUCAACGCCAAGGCCCCCGCCCUGCCGCCGGGGGGCACCGACCCCCACGGCUACCACCAGGUGCCGGGCUCGGCCGCGCCGGGGUCCCCCCUGGCGGCCGAUCCCGCCUGCCUGGGGCAGCCGCACACUCCGGGUAAGCCCACGUCGUCGUGCACGUCGCGGAGCGCGCCCCCGGGGUUGCAGGCCCCGCCCCCCGACGACGUGGACUACGCCACCAACCCGAAUGUGAAGCCGCCUUACUCUUACGCCACGCUCAUCUGCAUGGCCAUGCAGGCCAGCAAGGCCACCAAGAUCACCCUGUCCGCCAUCUACAAGUGGAUCACGGACAACUUCUGCUAUUUCCGCCACGCUGAUCCCACCUGGCAGAAUUCCAUCCGCCACAACCUGUCCCUGAACAAGUGCUUCAUCAAAGUGCCUCGGGAGAAGGACGAGCCGGGCAAGGGGGGCUUCUGGCGCAUCGACCCCCAGUACGCCGAGCGGCUGCUGAGCGGGGCCUUCAAGAAGCGGCGGCUGCCCCCGGUGCACAUCCACCCGGCCUUUGCCCGCCAGGCCUCGCAGGAGCCCAGCGCCGCCCCGUGGGCCGGGCCGCUGACCGUGAACACCGAGGCCCAGCAGCUGCUGCGGGAGUUCGAGGAGGCGACCGGGGAGGCGGGCUGGGCUGCGGGCGAGGGCAGGCUCGGCCAUAAGCGCAAACAGCCGCUGCCCAAACGCGUGGCCAAGGUCCCGCGGGCCCCCAGCACCCUGCUGCUGACCCAGGAGGAGCAGGGCGAGCUGGAGCCCCUCAAAGGCAACUUUGACUGGGAGGCCAUCUUCGAGGCCGGCACUCUGGGCGGCGAGCUGGGCGCGCUGGAGGCCCUGGAGCUGAGCCCGCCGCUGAGCCCUGCCUCGCAUGGGGACGUGGACCUCACUGUCCACGGCCGCCACAUCGACUGCCCCGCUACCUGGGGGCCUCCUGGGGAGCAGGCUGCCGACAGCCUGGACUUCGACGAGACCUUCCUGGCCACGUCCUUCCUGCAGCACCCCUGGGACGAGAGCGGCAGUGGCUGCCUGCCCCCGGAGCCCCUCUUCGAGGCCGGGGACGCCACCCUGGCCGCCGACCUGCAGGACUGGGCCAGUGUGGGCGCCUUCUUGUAAGAGGCCGGUCCCCGCCCCACCUCCGGACAGUGGCCAAGUCAGGGCCCAGACUGCCCCCCAGCACAGGCCCCUGGACACCCUACCGCCCAGGCAGGGGCUGGGCCAGGUCUCCUGAGGCUGGCCCCAUGAGGCCGCACAGCCCCCAGCCCGGGCUGCCCUCAGAUUCCGGCCCAGGAGGCUGAGAACAGGGGAGGGGGGUGCCCAGGUCCAGAACUGCUGCCUCCCCAGCACCGCCCCCCCCCCAUACACACAGUGUUUCAUUGAUCCUCCUCUCGCCAGCCCCGGGACGGGGACGGGCUCAGGGCCCUGCACUGUGGGGGCUGCACCUGGAGGGGCCCUGGCCAAGCUGGGGAGCGACAGUACAGGGCCCGCCCCAGGGCACCUCAGCUUCGACGCCUCUCCCUCUCCCUCUCCCGCUGUCCUCCCCAGGUCUCUAUCCAGAGAAAGGUCCCAGGUACAACAAAUGCUAAUUAGGUGACAGCAAAUUAACCCCCUGGAGGCCUCUCCGGGCAAAGCCUCCCUGGGGCUGGGGGAGGGCGGGGGAGGGGUGGGGCUGGUAGGGGGAGGGGGCAGAGGGGCAGAGACAGAAUGAGGUCGGGGAGCCUGGUGGGCAAGGAGGUUUUGUAAGGCCUCUGGGGGUCUUCUCCUGGCCCCAUCCCUAGAGGUGGGAAGGGAGUGUAAAUCCCUAAUCUUUCAGCCGGACCUGAGG